UACCUAUCGGUGACGUGUGUGGCCCCCUCUCAGUCCAAAUGGCAAUUCUGUAGGGCAUCGCGCAUUUUAAGGGAUCUCAGCGCUGCUCGGCAUAUAGACACAGGGGGGUAGUGGCGGAGGUGGUGUUUCUGGGCGCGGGGGGCACGGCGCAGGGUGCAGCGCAUCGCUCGCUGUGCAGAGGGACUGCGCGAACAGCCCAGGGCGGCUCUCCGGCUUUGCGCAAACGGCUCCACCUUUAAAAGUGGGCAGUGAUCUCAGCAGCGGGCCGGGCCGCUCGCUCGGGUGGGAUUUCCAGGCGCCGCCAGCGCUCAGCGCUCUCUCUUCGGCCAGAUCUGUGCUUCGUGUCGGCGGCAGCGGGGGUUGCAGUGCGGGAAAAUCGCAUCGGGUCCUGGUAUCUGUCCAUGCCGGUCCAGCAGUGCCACCCCAUCGGAUUAAAUAAGCGAGGAAUGUGGAAAUUACAGAAUGCCCAACAGCGCUGGAAAGAGGUUUAAACCCACCAAAUAUAUCCCGGUAUCCACUGCCGCCACUCUUCUGGUUGGAUCUACCACUUUAUUCUUCGUUUUCACGUGCCCCUGGCUGACGCAGGCCAUCUCCCUCACUGUGCCACUCUACAAUGGCGUCGUCUUCCUCUUCGUGCUGGCUAACUUCAGCAUGGCCACCUUCAUGGACCCCGGCAUGUACCCCAGAGCCAAUGAGGACGAGGACAAGGACGACGACUUCCGUGCCCCACUCUACAAGAACGUGGAGGUGAAGGGCAUCCAGGUGCGCAUGAAGUGGUGUGCAACCUGCCACUUCUAUAGGCCUCCGCGCUGCUCCCACUGCAGCGUGUGUGACAAUUGUGUGGAGGACUUCGACCAUCACUGCCCCUGGGUAAACAACUGCAUUGGGAGGCGGAACUACCGCUACUUCUUCCUGUUUCUACUGUCGCUCAGCGUGCACAUGGUGGGCGUAUUCUCCUUCGGCCUGCUCUUUGUGCUGUACCACAUGGACCGCCUAGGUGCCCUCCACACCACCGUCACUCUGGUGGUGAUGUGUGUAGCUGGUCUCUUCUUCAUCCCGGUCAUGGGACUCACAGGUUUCCACAUGGUCCUGGUGGCCAGGGGCCGCACUACCAACGAGCAGGUGACUGGAAAGUUCCGUGGAGGGGUAAACCCCUUCACCCGUGGGUGCUGUGGCAACGUGGAAUACGUCCUAUGCAGCCCACUGGCUCCCAGGUACAUAGUGGACCCCAGUAAGAAGGCACUGGUCUCCAUCCAGCCACCCUUCCUUCGGCCCACCCUCUCAGACCGGCAUGUCACCGUCAAGAUCAAUGACAACGGCAUCCACAGCAGUAUCCUGCGCUCCAAGUCCAAGGGCAGCUUGGAUAUGCUGAACGACAAGCCGCUGGAGACGGGCCCACCUCUGCCCCCUAAAGCCGACAAAUACCGGGAGCUGAAGAGCCAUCUGACCUCCAGUGAAGAUGGCUCCCUCUCCAACAAGCCCGUCCACCCGUCCACUCCAGCCAUGUACAAGUAUCGACCCUCCUUCGGCACAAUCCCCAAGGUGCACUAUCACACGGGUGGUGAGAAGAUCUCCAUGCAGGAGGAGCGUGGCCCUGGAUCCAUCGCGGAGGAGAGCGGCCAUGCACCUGAUUACCGCUCGGAGCCCAACCUGGAGCUGCCCGAGUGCUCAAACCCCUCGCUGCACCGCAGCUUCCGGUCCUCCCCGCUGCAGCUGGACUCGCUGAGUCUGAAGCAGGCGUACCAGCGCAGGGACGAAGCACGACUCUGCGGCCUGGAGCCCGAGAUGGUGGCCAGUAUGGCCGACGCCCCCUGCAGGCCCGUCUUCUCCUCCAACACUCUGUCUAAUCGCAAUGGCAGCCUGUCCUACGACAGCCUGCUGGGGCCCGGUGUAGCCCUGUCCGCCGGCGAGUGCCUGAGCCGGGCCACCCGCUCGCCCUACCUGCCCGCCAGGGCCCCACCGCCCGCCUACAGCCCUGCUGCCGCCCACCGCUCGCUGCCACCCAGGGACCCGUCACCGGUGCGCUAUGACAACCUCUCCAAGACCAUCAUGGCUUCCAUCCAGGAGCGCAAGGAGCUGGAAGAGCGGGAGAAGCUACUGCAGCCACGCGGGCGAUCCCAGACGCCAGCCGGCUACCCCGCGGAUGCCGAUGCACGGGACAGCCCUGGGGGCCGCAGUUUACCACCGGCUGGCUGCUACCACGAGGGCCUGAGCUCUCGUGGCCUCACGCCGCCCACGUACGGCUCCAGGGACAGCCUGGUGGGUGGGGCCACGGCCUAUGCGGGCAGGGCGGCCGGGCUGCGCGGCUCGGUCACGUCGCUGCCGCGCGCACCCAGGACUGCCGACGGCAGCAUGGUCUUGCAGGGCCAGCCCGGUGAGCCCCCCUAUCGGUCCCCAGGCCACCAGCCUCACCGCUCCCCCGCCGCCCUGCCCCGGUCCCCUCCCUACACCCGGCACAGCCCCCUCCCCAUCAUCAGCGCCUUGGAGCGGACAGACUCGCCCCCUCUGUGCCCCAGAGAGGAGAUCCAUGGGAAAAUGGCUCAUGGUAAAAUUAACGGGCAGCCCAAAGACCAGUCACGCCUGGGGCCCACUGCCAUUGGCCAAGGUGUUCCCCUUAGUCCCGGCCGGCAUGCUAAUGUCAAAAAGGUGUCUGGCGUUGGCGGGACCACCUAUGAGAUCUCCGUCUGAAAGCAGGACUCCAAGCCAACCAAAGCUGCCACUGUCACAGCAGCUAACGCCACCGUGCUACAGAGAAAGGGCUCUUUUACUUUCUCUUGCUUAUGUAAGACUGUCGACCAAGUGGCCACGAGCGGCCUUAUCUUCUGGAACAUUCUGUCAGCCUGGGCGACUUCGGCUCUCUCUUCCCGACACUAGUUGCGAGUUGCCUGGCCGUCCUUCCUCUGCUCUUGCUCCUCUUGUCCUCCUGGUUCAUGUCUGUCGUCGCCCGAUGGCCAUCUCGGAUGUGUGACGGGGCAGCUGGUUGGACGUGACCGCUCUUGAUGCUCUGACUCGCCUAGUCUCUUUGCCCUGUCUGUCACGUCUGGUUCUCGCAUUCUUCAGUCUUCGUACAGUAAGGUCAGCACAUCACAUAAGGGGGGUGACCUCAGACCUCUGAGUCCUGAGAUCCAUCUAACGCACAGGAAGGCCCAUAUCCAUUCAUGGUCCCUCAUUUCUGUGGUAACAUAAGUCAUCUGCCUUUUUGGGACGUCACAGACAAACGCACACAGAAAUCUGUUACCAUCAUGGGUCUCACUGCUCAGGACCCCGAAGGUGCUCGAAGGUGUCUGCAUCUAUGCCUGAAUGUCUGUGUGGUUUUUAUUUACCGUUUUUUUUUUUUUUGGUAGAUUAUGUUGAUUAGCUUGCGGGUACCAGCUUGGAAACAGGUGACGGCUGUUUGUGGUGAGUAAUAUUGUUUACAGGGACAUACACAGUCCAGGAGCGAAAUGUUUUUAAAGUCGUGUCAUUUGGCUGUACUGAGGCUGUUCCCCUGGAUCAUCCAGCCCUUCGAUAAGAAUGUCUACAGUCAGUGUUCCUUUUAUGUUUUUUUUUUUUUCCUCUUUUGCCCCCGCCGCCCC